AUGCCAGAGCCCGUAUUUCAAUUGAGGAAGGAGUUGAAUGUUUUCGCAUCAGAGGAGGGGGGUGCAACGGAGGACAUCUCCAGUUAUGCAGCGACGGCAGAUUCGUCGGGCAUCACAGAAUGGAACACCAGUGACAAGUUUACAAAUGAGAUGACGUUAACCGAAAAUGCGAAGUACACUGUUAGCCAGCUUGCACCAAACCUGUCAUUCUUGCCUGAGCAAGCGACGGAUUUAACAGGUGCAGUGGACUACUACUCUGGCAAUGCUCUAUGCAACGACCGUGAGAAUUUAUACAUUUGGCCGUUUAAUUCUCCACAGCGGCGGCUCGCGUGCAUCCGGAUCCCACUGCAUGAGGAGCACGAGGUAUUAAGUGGUGCGCCGCUUUGCUGUUUUACCUGGCCGUCUGCGGGAGAAGAGAGUGAGCAAACUAAAUCCGCAGGUGUGUUGAUUGUGCAUGCAAACUCUGGACUUGUGCAGUUUUACGAAGAUAUCCAUACAAUUAACAGUGUGUCCACUCUGAUCUCUAAGAGUCGUGUGAUACAGUUAGAUCUCCGCUUUAGGGACCGGGAACAUGCUACGGACGUCGUUAAUGCAGAGCCAUCGGGAAUUCUAGUUGCAACGUCCUUUGGAAGGCUGUUGUUAUUAACAAUCCGGGAUAGUAGUGGUAAGCCUUGCCUGAAGCUAAGGCAGCAGCUCAUUAAAUCGCAGGUUGGCUUCUUUUCGGGUGCUAUGAACACUUUCAAGGACAUAGUAGCUAUUAAACCAAGUUUGAUCACGGGUAAAGGCGAACGUCUGCUUCUCACCAUUACAAGAGGCGGAGAGCUGAAGAUUUGGAACGUUUCUGCCACUAUGAGCUCCUACAAGCGUGUCGAAGUUAACGUCUACCAGCAAAUAUUGGAAUCGCUUCAGGAACUUUAUCCUUUUGCUUACGGAUCGCUGCAGAUUCUAGAUCUAAAUCCGCUACCAUCCGAUCCUUACUCAUUGCUUGUUUUAUCUUCCAUUUCUGACGGCAAGGAGACUUACUACAUACUGACGGCCAUAAAGGUUGAAGAGAGCAGCUUUUCCAUUUUCUCGGUAUACAGGCUGAACACAUACACAAAGGCCAACGACAAGAAGCCACGCUUAUUUAUCGCGGGCGAUCUAGAGAAUGGGGAACAACCUAUUGAGCCUCAAAACGUUCCUGUCUACCUGCUCUUUGAAGAUGCUGUGGUUAUAACGCAGGCAUUUACGCAGUUAGAUUCAAAUUACCCUCUAAGAAAGAAAUGGGAAGAUUUGGUUAGUCUAAAGGAAGACAGCAUGGUUCUAGGGCAUGGCAAUGACGAGAAAGCGCUAUAUUUAAUUAAUGGUAAUCGGGGUGUCGUGAAGAUUGAAGCAAAGAUGGAACCAUCUGAGGAUUACAGGUUUGUCAAAUCACACAUAGACCAGGCAGUGUACUUCUCACAGGUGCCCAAUACCCCAGUCGAGUUUAACCUACCGGAUUCAAUUGAGCUAGAGAGGGAGGAAGUAGAGGAAGAUCUUUUGACAAGUGGUGAUGAAAUAUUGCUUUCAUAUUCUAGCUAUAUUCCUCCCAAAUUACACUCAAUGACCAGUCACCUACAGCUAAGGGUGGAUUUCUUUGUUAACUUGCUGCAAUUUACUCGGGCGAACUUUAUUUACAAGGUUUCACCGCAGGUUAAGCUGAAGUUGUUAGAGAGCUAUGAAAUCUUGAACUGUUCGCUCUCGCUUUCUUCCUAUCUAUCCUCUGACACUGAUCUCACCACACAAUGGCACAGAGUACUAUUAUCCGAGGAAGUGACAGAAGAAGAACUCAUGCUUCACCAAUUGAAGCGCUUUCCGGAAUUAUUCGGCAAGUUUUUGGCUGAAAUAGACGAGCCACUUCGCUCAUCAAGUGAUAUUAAAUUUAAGGUCGCUGCAGCCGAUCUGGUCAAUUGUGUCAUUUAUCACUCUUGCUUAGAAAGGGGUGAGAGCGAAUAUCGUUGUAACCAGUUAAACCUUGAUUUAACAGAGGUAGGCGAUGAUUUGCCUUGGUUCAUUAACUUUUCUAUUCCAGACAGUUUGAACAAAAUACUAUUGCACCUAUUUUAUUCUUUUGAAGAUGGUAAUGUCCCAGAUGAAUACCAUGAUAAGCUCCUCGAGAUCAUCAAGUCAUUGUAUUAUAUGUGCAAGCAGUCCGAUGUCUGGUAUGCUGUGAAGGGCUCAAAUGCAUAUGAAGCAGGCUACCAGGCUUUAACUAAAUUCUACACUUCAAACCAUCUGACUUGGAUUCAAAUCCUUUUGAAGAUUGGCCGGUCUGUCGAUGCCCUGAACAUCGCAGACUUUUAUCAUGACCUCAGCGGACUUGUGGAAACACUAAGCAGCUUUGACUAUGAGAAGGCACAUCCUCUUUACGAGGAGUACUUCACCAAGUAUGGCUACCAAUUUAGCAAGACCCUGUUCACAACCGUCAUAGAACAAGGAAAGAUCAAUGAUUUAUUCUCUAGAUUCCCAUCUCAUCAUGAUGAUUUGGUUAGAUUCUUUGAUGAAUAUCCCCAGUACGGACAUGUUUCAUGGAUUGGCAAUAUAUUUGACCAACAAUACAACGCUGCAGCAGAGGUUCUUGUGUCAGUGUCAUCGCCUGACGCAGCAAAGAAGCUAGAUCUAAACCAACUGCAGGUUCGACUAAGCAUUGCAAAAUUAAGCGCAUUAGCGGAGGAGCCCAUUUUAAACAUGGAUCUCCUUAAUACCAUACAAUCCGGACUAGACCUCAUAGAUUCACAGAAAAAGGCGGCAGAACUUGCCGGUGAGCACACUUCUUUAUCCAAGAGGUAUUUAGAGACAGAGUCGCAUUACCAAAGCAUCCUAGAAAAACUAAAAACAAAUAUUGUUCUAUCAGAAUACGAGCUGGUCGGCAUUUACACGGUCCUGGAUGAUGUUACAGCUUUUGCAAAGGCUCUGCACUUCCUUUCACUCAUCAAGACUAUUCCUGAAGAUUCCAGGCAAUUUCUUGUCUCAAUGAUCUGGCGCAGAUGUAUUCUCUUCAACGAUUGGAACCACACCAGCGAUGACCUAUCCACGGCGCUAUACGCAACUUUGUUGGCUUUCUUUAAGGAAGAGUAUUACCGCGCUGGUAUUCCGCUGCCACAUGUUCCCAAGCUCACCGCGCCUAUCAGCAAAGACACCCUUUCCGAGCAGCUCUUUGCUGGGGUCGAGUGUGGCAAUCUCUUACUGGACGGCGCUGAAGCGGACACUAGUGCACUAUCUGCUGUCCAGACAGACAUGGAGUCCCGUAUCCGCUUUCUCAUCGGAUCUGCGCAUAGUGAAGCAGGCGCCUCUUGCGUCGUCAACUAUGAAACCAACACCGUCGAUUGA